CUCAAUUUAAUUUGGAUGAUUUAAUUUACCUCUGAACUAAAAAGAGGUUCGGACAGGGCUGGAGGAGACAGGGCGUUCAUUGGAUGAUUCAUCGGGUCAGGUGGGGUAUUACAGUGCAGCUGAAUGAUCGAGGAGUUUCAACUGUAUACGACAAAACAGAUAUAGCCUUCGAUAUCCGUAAGACGAAUUGAUCGUAAAGUUUGAUUGAUCCCUCCACUACUAGUCCUUCAAGACAAAAUGAAGUGUCGAUGAAUCGUGGGUUGGUUGCAGUAAUGGGAGCAAUCUUUCACAAUUUAUUGAACUGUCUUAGUGAGGGGUUUGUUUUUGUGUUUCCAGUAGUGAGGCACCUUCGCAAUAUUAAUUGUCGUUUUGGAUGGAGUCAUUGUAACGGCUCCAUGAAAAAUGCAAAAAUAUCCCUGUUGGCCAGUAAAAAUGAAAAAUCAUCGUAUCUCCUCGGGCGUAAAUAAUUCCACUAAUUACCGUUACAGUAAAUAAAAUCCAUCUGCCCGUCAUUCAUCGCUUCAUUCCAUUAAAACUAAAUUCCCCAAUGACAAUAAAAGCUGAAUGCAGUACGUUAAUCUCAUAUGAGCGCAUCCCCCGAACAAAUUCCAAUAAUACCCACCCCGAAAAAUCCAUUAAAUUAUUCAUUCCCUCAAAAUCAUCCCAUUGGCUGUGCCUCCAUUAUGGAAAUCAACAUCUCCAUUAGCGGUCAAUUCUUUUCCACCUCCAUUUCCCACACGUACAAACUUUUACCCCCACAAUGAAGACCUUUGUUCCCAACUGGAAAAUCCACCAGAGACAUGUUCUAAAGCAUAACAAAUGGAGAGGAAGAAGUAGCAGUGGAGAAUGAGUGGAAAAAAAAAAUUUAUACAUCUUGGAAGUGAAAAAACGCGUCAGUAUCCUCAGAAGAGUCUGGGACUGCUGGUUAAAGUCCUUCCGGAUGGUUGACGCGCCAAAUGAAUUAUUCACGAAGAUGGAUGAUGGCACAACAGAAAGACGAUGACGGACCACCGUAGACACAGCGGAACAACAACAAUGAGUUGGCUGUAAAUUUGGAGCUAGUGUUUCCUGUUGUGGGAAAUGUCCUUGACCUCGUGCUCCUCAUUUUCUCUCUUCAUUCGUUUUACGAUGAUCAUCUAUUCUGGAAGACCGGCCAAAAUUCACCAGUCUCACAAACUUUUCUCUCUCUGUUCUGGUUUUUCAAUGGGAGUUACUGGUGAAUUCAAAUGACCAUUUGGUAUUCUCUGGGGGCUGAGAUUACGCAAAGUUUUGAUUCAUUUAUGCAUCAACUUCUACUGUGUGUGAGUAAAGUAUGCGCAUGUUUAUAUCGUGAAUGGAUACAUUAGUGAUCAGGUGGUGGUAACAUCCGCGGAUUAGUCCAGGAAUACUGAACAGAGGAAUUUAUUUGAUUUGGAAAUGUUGUGUUGGUUUUCUGAUGAGUUAUAUUGAUCAUAACUAUGGAUUGUGUGAGUAUUUGGCGAAUAUAAUGAGAUAUUAUAAUAGUUAUGACUUCGUCCGUCUCAUGUUAAGUAGAGACUAUUAAGCAAAUUCUUCAUUGCAAACAAUAAGGAACGUCUUCUGUCUCAGCUGCGCCAUUUGAAUUAAUGCACCUUAUUUUCGUUCCAACUUCUCUCGCCGAGAAGUUCAAAAGGCUCGUGCUAUGUUAUUCCAUGAAUUAUUCCAAUGUUGACUUCAUUCGGUGGAACUCGUUGAAGGCGUAUCGCUGGUUGUAAUUUUCAAAGCCUUUCUGAUAUUCUAAUAGAGUAUGUCUGAGUGGGUGUAUUGCACUAACAAGAACCAUUUGUGACAUGUCGAAUGGGUGUAGUUUAUUCGUCUAGAGAAGGUAGAACUUCGAAUAUUAGCGCAGACGAUCGAUAACCUUUCAAAGUACCUCAUUCCUCUCAGUCCAGAACGGAAACGAACGAGCUAUCACUGCCAAUGAAGUUCAACUUCAGGCAAAGUAGUGAAGAAAGUGGCUACAUAAAUAUUCUUCAUAUGUAUCUACAUUAUAAUGAUCAUCAUGAUGAUUAACACGAAUAAUCGAAUUACAUUGACUGUUCAACUUCAAAUUUCCAAAGCUGAUAGUGUUGCUUUGCCCAGAAAUCCUUGAAACUUGUGUACUACAGACUGAAAGGAAGAUUUUCCUCUAAAAUUAACGUUAACCAUUAACAACUCCUCAAAGUAACCCAUUACUUGUUGCCCAUACAAAGAAGGAACAAGAGAUUAUUAUCAAAGGGGUUCAUUCCCAAAUAAACUGACGAGGACAUGAACAACACAACAAAGCCAACAGUCAUGAAAAGAAUCCCUCCGUAAAGUUACUAAUUAACAACAUUUCAUGUUCAAGGCUUUAUAUCUUAAUACACAUAACACUAAAAAACUUUAGCAGCAGAUGUUGUCAGGGUCUGAUUAGCGGCGAGGGAGAGUACACAGGUAAAUUUUUAAAGCUCUCCCGCUAGCGUCAGCAUCCCAUUUUCAUCUCCGAAGGAGUUUCAUGGUUAAUCUUCAUGGUUAACCGUCUGGAAUGGUUCUCGCUCGUUUGAAACGUAUAAAGAGCGUGAGGGUGGAAAAGUUUAUGCUAUCGAGUCGGUACUUUGGAAGUACAGCGAGCAUUCGUAAACCGAGUGGUGGGUGCUCAACUGGUCCUUGACUUCCAAUGAAAAGUGACGUAUCUCUAUCGCAAAGUGUUAGCCAAUGGCUACGAUCUCCUGCCUUUGAUGUUGGCCAAUGGAAGGACGAGGAGUUGCUCCUGAUGCUGCAGACAAUGUUCGUUGAACUUGAAUUACUGGAGAAGUUCGACAUUCCAAUGUCAACACUUCGCAACUUUCUGUACGAGGUCUAUAAUAAUUACAAUGCUGUGCCGUUUCACAACUUUCGACACUGCUUCUGCGUCGCUCAGAUGAUGUACGCCAUAAUCUGGGCAGCAGAUCUACUCUCGAAGAUUGGCCACCUCGAGGUUCUAGUGUUAAUAAUAUCGUCCAUAUGUCAUGAUCUCGACCAUCCUGGUUACAACAAUAUUUAUCAGAUAAAUGCACGCACUGAGUUGGCACUCCGGUACAAUGACAUCUCACCCCUCGAGAAUCAUCACUGUUCAGUGGCAUUCAGGGUAUUGGAGUAUCUCGAAUGCAAUAUACUAGCUGCCCUAGAUCCUGCUACAUUUCGUACUGUUAGAGAGGGAAUUAUCAGGUGUAUCCUGGCCACCGAUAUGGCAAGGCAUAAUGAGAUACUGGGACAAUUCACUGAGUCCAUUCCGGAGUUUGAUUAUACGAAUAAGUCUCAGAUUAAUCUGCUGUCGAUGGUGUUGAUAAAAGUCGCUGACAUAAGUAACGAGGCACGUCCAAUGGAGGUAGCGGAGCCCUGGCUGGACCAGCUCCUACAAGAAUUCUUCAAACAAAGCGACGCGGAAAAGCUCGAGGGAUUACCAGUGACGCCUUUUAUGGACCGUGAUAAAGUUACGAAGCCCUCGUCACAGUGUAGCUUCAUUGGCCUCGUACUUUUACCACUCUUCGAAGCACUCGGUGAACUGUUGCCCGAAUUGGAGGACAUGAUAGUCCAGCCAGCCCGUGACGCCCUCGAGUACUACCGUCGGUUAAACGAGGCCGCAAAGGACGAACGUCAUCAUCGAAAGAGUGUGAUCGACCUUGGCGAAUCGACUCCCUCAUCGGCGCCCUCCAGCACUCCCGCGUCAUCUGUCAUUAAGUCCGCAUCCUCCCACAGCAUGCGUUCCAAGCGAUCAGCCAGCACAAUUCGCUCCCGCUCGCGUUCCAUCGAGGACGAAACAGAGAACAAUCUCCUCGAGGAAGACGCCGAGAAUCCGGAGAGCUCGGAUCCGGAAACAGCGACGGAAGUGGAAGUGAGCGAGAAGACUUUAAAAUUCAAAAUCUCCACAGAGGGUAAUGUUCCACCUCAAUCUGGUCGGAAAAGUUAUCCGGGAAGUAGAAAGGGUAGUCGUGAGAAGUCCUCCUUUGACUAUCACCACCACGACCUGGCGAAGGCUGUCAGAGAUCACGAGAGAGAGCGAAAAAAGAGUCGGGGUGAAAAUUUCUCUAGUGACGUGUCCUCACCAGUGAGCGCUCGAUCUGGCGAAGACACGAGAAUCCUCGAAGAAUUUGAGAGGGACGAGGUCAUGUACAUCGAUGGGAGAAUCGAGGAGGAGAGAACCGAGGGCAAUGGAGUGGUUAUCGAGGACAUACCAGAGCGAGUAAGCGCCAAGAAGCGGUCAAGCUACGACGACAACAGAAGCCGAAAGGACAUGGUUGUCAUGACUGAAGGAGGUUUGCGUUGCUGUUGCGAUGACAAGACCACCUCCAACAAUCACAAGUCCCUUCUUACGAGACUUCGAAAUUUCACCGAUCGCCUCAGCAUCAGUUUCGACUCUAAAGAGCCACCUGUUUCCAAAUCGACGAAGCACCUACCAAAACCAUUCCUGAAAAGUAACUCAAUUGUAUCUGGUUCAACAUCUCGUCAGACACCUGUUCACCUCUGCAAGCGUUGCAAUCUCAUGAAGACAGUCAAAGAGACUAAAGAUCCUAAUCAGACAGUUGUAGAGCUGUUGGAGAAGCGGGCAAUGACUCUGCCAAAGGUGAGGAAGCACGAUGGUAAAAAUAAAAGUUGGAAGAUGGUAUUUGCCAAGGAGAAGCGACCAUCGGCUUCUCUUGAAGUACUGCCAGCCCACGACACCGAGACUGCUGUUAUCAAGCACAAACGGAACCUGUCAAAUCCGGAAAGUAAAUUGUCCGUCACAAAGACGCAAAGUAUGAAGGAAGUCAAGGAGCAGAAGAGAUUGAAUUUCCGGGAGAUUGAAGUUAGAAGUACACCCCGGCCAGAGAUUGUCGUGCAUCCUGGAAGUUCGAACGUAGUGGACGAGGAUAUCGAGAGGGUGGAGAUCCGGAGGAGUUCGGCUAGUAUGGAGGACAUUUCCAAGAUCACAAAGCAGAAUGAGGGAAUCCUCAUGGGUAACUUGGAGGAUAAGAAGUGCGAGGAGAUGCAUACGGGUAGCCUUGACUCCAUGUUGUAUAAGGAGUCGGCUAAGGACGUGAAGAAGGGCUUCGCUUUUGCCAGUCCUUGCAGCACAAAGAAGGCCUCACCAGGUCUGUUCUCGAGAUUCAGAUCGGGCAUGAGUAUUGAUGGGACUAGAUCAAAUAGUAAUAGUGGAUCUCUGCACGAUCAGCCAACGCAGAGUGGAUGGAUCUCGUCGUUGACUGCUAGUUUUAGACCCAAAAGGCAGGUUGGGGAGAUGCCGGCAACCCCAGGGCAUGAGGAGGUUAAGUGAUACGUUAUGAUUGUGAAAAGCAAAGGUGAGAGGAGAAGUCACUGGAGCGAUUGGUGGGCACAACGGUUACCUUGCUGCAGUGAGUGAAUGAAAUUCUUUAUUUAUUAUUCUGAAGGAGGACAUCUUUGCGAUUCAUAGGGGAGCUGUGGGUUUGAGCUUCCAAUUUUUGAUUGAUUGAUUGAUUUAUGACGGGAUAAAAGGGUUGCGAAUCAGGUGUCUUCGAGGGAAUGUUAAGUAUGACGAUUAUGGCGAAGGAAAGGAGAAGGCUAGACUGUUAUUCUCAGCAGAAUUAUAAUGCCUCGAAUUGUGCACGGGUGGUACGGGCCUAAUUAUCAAGAUCAAUGAUGAGUACAUUGCUGGUGAAAUGUGGGGGGUUUCUUUGAAGAUUAUUGCUACCAUGAUAGCAAUAAUAGUAGUGGAAUUGAGGAGAUGAAUGAAUACUUAUAGAUUUAUCGUUACUUUAAAACAAAAUGAAUCAAUCAAUCAAUCGAUGAAGUAAGAGAUUUUCUUGUGAAUCUCCUUCAGGGAAUGACACAUAUUCAUUGAUGAAUAAUGAAAUGUGGAUGACUAUGGGAGAAUUAUUUCCAUUGAAAAUGUUGAAAUAAAAAAUUCUCAAUUGAUAUCAAUUAAUCUCGAAGCCGCGUCUGGCAUACGGUUGACCACGUUGAAUGAUUUUAUUUAUUGUCCACAUUAUGAGUAACGUAACGAGUAAUUAUUAAUGUUGUUCGUUAUGCAUCUUUAAAGAAUAUAUAUAAAUAUAUAUGAAUAAAAAUAUUAAAGGUUUAGUAUAUAUUUAUAUAUAUGUGAAUUGAAUUGAGAAAUUACCGUUAAAAAAACGUAUAAACAUGCAUAUACACGUAUACAUCUAUAUCUACGGUAAGUGUAACGAUAGGUCAAUGAAGGAUUUAAUAGAUAUAUUGAUUGUAAUUACAACUGUGACAAACAAAAAAAAAACAAAUCAAGAAAUGUGCUUCUUUGGAUCAAAGUAUUGUUAUCAUAUUCUCCGUUCUAAUAAAUUUCGUGUAGUGUAAGCAGAAAUAUGAAAGAAAAAGUAUUCAAAAAAAUUAUUCAUUCAAUCGACUCCAAUGAAUAUUUAUUUUUUUGAAUGACGCGGAACGUUUUUUCCUGUCAACAAUACAUUGAAUCUCUGUCAGGUUUGAUUUAAGGGAGUAGAUGCUUUCCGGGACAACUGUCCUCACUACUCACUCUUUUUAUUAACUGGAAACCUCUCUUGAGAUUAUUGUUGAUGAUUGAAUGAAUGAUUUUUCUGGAUAAGUCAUCGAAACUACGAAUCAACCUCAUCGUAUCGUUGAAAAAGCUGAGUAAUCAGAUAUUCAAUGAUAAUAGGGAAUUUGUGUGGAGACCGGUUUUCAAAUAUUUUUAAAUGUAUAGAAUCUUUUUCGGGGUCAUAAUAUCACCUCACCGAAAUAAAAGCUCUCCUUGCCAGUAUGAGAUGUGCGCUAAUGAUUGCAAAUGAAGUUUGCGCCAAAAGAUGAUUGUCGCAAAUUUCUUCUGAGCAAGGAAAAUAUAAAAAUAUUUCCGUGGGUGUUUUCCCUGUGGUAUUUCAUGAACAUUUUGGACUCCGGUGAGUUGACGUCACAGGGGUUUUUAGCACAUUUCCAAAAUUCAAUUUUUAGACAAGUAAAAAAUUAUUAGACGAUCUUCAGAGAGAAAUUGACAAAUCCUGCAAGUUCCCUAUUGCGCACAUUCUUCACCGAAAGGGGAAAAUCAAAUAAGUCUGUCUCAUGCGCAAAAUACUAUUCAAUCAUAAUUUCUGUAUAAUUACUGUAAUAAUUAAAAAUCAAAACCACGAGUGUAAUUGUUUUGAAUGUUACGAUAAAACGAAAAAAAAAUUGAGAGAAAAAAAAAUCGUGUAGUUUACCUAUAAUAUCUAAUAGUGUCUGUUUCGAUGAAUUUGUGUAGGGAUAUCGCUAUUUAAUUAAUUAGCAGGAGGAACAUAUUGCAAAGAAAUCAUUAGGGAGAAUUUUAGUUUAUAAAAGGAGGGAGGGAGGGAGGCUUAUUCUGUAUGAAUAACUUUCAACGAUCCAUCAGAACAAACUGUCACUGAUUUACAUUCUCAAACGAUUAUCACGCAUAUGAUUUUUAGAUGUUUAUAUUUUUAUACUUCACCACUGUUUUCUAUACGGCGAUUAAACCGCAUGUAUUGUUGAACUCUAGUCUUACGUUUAUUGUGUUUUAUUCCCAAUAUAUCGAUUGGGCAUUUUAUGUCGUUUUUUUCCGCUGACAAAUUCUGUUUUUAAUUUUAAUUACUGCGAUUGUAAUUCUCACUGCAUUCAGUGAAUAAGCAGAAGAUCAUUUGCAUCGAUUAACAACAAAUCGAGUCCCAAAGCAAUCGAUUUUGUGGAUCAUCGAGUGCCUGGAAAUGCCAUUCGUUCAUUUGAUCUUCUCAUCUUGAUCACUUUGCUACUGAGUUAAUCAAUCAUUUUUCCAUUAUUUUAAAAUUAUGUCACGAUUCGUUACCAUAUGUUAUUCACAAAUUUUUCCGCCUCGAUUCCACAAUUAGUAAAUUGUUACUAUCGCGUGAUACUCAAUCGUAACAAAUCUUGAAUCUUGCGACCAAUUUUUCCAAAUGUUAAAGUGUACUUCUCUUUUAAAUACGAAAGAAUUCGAACGAAUCAUUAUAACUGAACUGUUAAUGAGUGGAAUAUUUUUAUGGCGUUUUAGUAAACGCAGAUAUCGUUUGAAUUAUAUCCUGGAAAAAAAAAUUAACCAAAAACUUCGGGUCUAGAGUUAAAUCAAAUGAUGUCAAUGUUACAAAUGAGGCAAAACUGGAAAAAUAACAAAAAAUCCAUGAAGAAACAAAAUGAACAAGAUAAUUAUAAAAAAAAACACUACCUGUGCCUGAUGUUUGUCAUUUAUUUAUUUUAAUCUCUUCCUAUUUACUAACUCUACUUGAAUAUGGCCUAAGGUGUUAACGGUGUUCUCGCUGGCGUUAAUUCAACCUGAGUAUUCAUUAUUCCAGUGAGUGAAACAAUUCCAAAUACACAGAUGGCAAAAUUUGUGGAAAAUAUGUAUUAAAUUGACACAUAUAUCAAAAAUUUCUGACGAUACACAUUUACCAAAUGGUGGGGUAAUUUUUACUGAAAAAUUUCUCUCCGUCUAGCUGCACUUACCCAUUGACAGAUGAGUGUCGAGGGAGUGAAGUUUGCGAGGGGCGGACGGGGGGGGAAAUUGGAUCGGCCUCUGACAAGUUGGCAGUUUGAAUUGAAGUGAAUUGAAUUUAACGAGAUGACUAUCCGAAAAAUAUUCGAAAUACGUUAGUCGUAGAGAGUAAAAAAAAACGAUAUCGAUAAAAUUUAACGGCCGAAAUGAAAUGUGUGUAUGAAUUGGACGAACUAAAUUGGUUGAAUACAUAAAAAACACACAGAGAUCCAUUAAACAUGGGUCAUAAAAUAUCAUUUAUUGGAUAAUACAUGAAAAUCUCCGUAAUUAUACAUAUGUUUACUAUACAUAUAUACUAAAUGAUAUACACGAAUAUAUAAUGAUUAAGUGGAUAAAUGAUGGCUGGAGGAGUCAAAAAAUUCUACCUAAUUAUUGAAGUAAUUAUUAAACGUAAUUAAUCGGUAUAAUUGUUCCGCUUGCUGGCGAGCUGACGAUUAUUUGAUUGUAUAAUAACUUCUUGUGGUCCAUGGAUAUAUUAUUAACGUCAGGGGGAAAAAUGAUGAAUCAUUCAGUCGAAUGACGUUUAGAUUUAUUGAGACUAAUUGUUAGGAGGGGAGAUAGAAUUUUUUUUUCGAUGGAAUACAACAAUCAUAAAUUGUAGAUUAAUUGUUUAACGACGAUUUCAAAAUUUUUUUGAAUGAAUUAAUGGAUUUUUUUCCGAUUCACUAUCUCAUCCGGAGAUGAAAUAUCAAUAAAUUUUAUGAAUGUUAAUGUGACAGCACACAAUUAUAAUUUUACGUGACAUUGGUAUUAUUGUAUUUAAUCACUGAUUUAUGUAAUGAUUGGAGUUUCUGGGAAUCAACGCCAAAGAGUUGAAGAAUAUUAUAAUGAGAUUCAUAAAUUACGACAUUUGUAGUUCAUAGCAGCUCCCGUUAUCUCAUUAUUUUAUUUCAUUCGUUUUAUUCGACGGAGCUGAAUGAACAAAUCCACGAGAAAUAAAAGUACCAUAUUUAAUUAUAAGUAUAAUAACGUAAUAAAAGUGUAUCACUGUGAGAAGAAAAAAAAUCAUCUACAACCUGACUAAUAGUUUCUUUUUGUAAAUAAAAUUGAGUGCAUACAAUAAACGUAUAACAACUGAUUA